GGGUAUCAGAGCACACCCGGAUCCCAUGACAUUGAUUCCCAAUGUCAUGGUAACUGGCCUCUAUUUUUAUUUGUGUUAACUCAAAUAUUUAUUAAGUUCUUAUCUAUCAUAUAAUGGUAUGUUUGGGAAUAUGGAUUUGGAUUUCAAAUCCGGAUUUGACUUAAAUUCCAUGUUUGGAAAACUUAAGCAUUUUGAAUUUGGAUUUGAAUCAAAUUCUUUACAUUCAAAACAAAGCUUAAUUUGAAAUUCAUGCACCUCCUCUAGUCAUUUGAAAUUCAGGAUUUCAAAUUUUGGAAUUGAAAUGCAUGAAUUGAAAUGAAAUGCUAGUUGCCAAACACUACCUAAAUUCAUUUUUUAAUUUCUCACCCAUCCACUUUAUUUGAAUCCAAUUUAUUUUUAUCAUACGGAGUAAAAUUUAUUCAUUGUUUCUUUAAAAUAAUAGUUAAAUAGUCUUACCGUUCAACACAUGGAAAGUGUUAAAGAUUUUGAUUUGCAAUAAAGACCUUCCUUCAUCGAAUAUAAUUUAUAAAGAAGUGUUUCAAAACUUAUAACACUUCCAAAACUCCUCUUCUUUUUUUUAUUUUUUCAAUUUAUAUAAUCUUUCAGGUUUUGGUAACAUUUUUCCUUAUUCAAAACAUUGAAUAAUUAUAUGUCAAUUAAUAGUCCGUGCAUCGCACGGGUACGAGUCUAGUUUGUAAUAAAAAUGGAACGUAUUUGAGUUACUUCCUGCCGAUUACAAGUCCGAUUGAGAAUUAGAAUUGCGGGAGUACAUUGUUUUAGAACACAAGUUUACCCAAACAAAUUUAGGGUACAAAAUAGGGCAGGGGAGUUUCAGGUUUUCUCCAUCCGCCGCCACCCCCGAAUCUCCAUCGUCUUCUCCGGCCGUCCAAGUGGAGUUACAGGUUUUCUAUCCAUACCUUAUUAAAUUAUGUCUCUGAUCUGUGUGUAUGUGUCGGAAAACGCCACUGAUUCGAUGGUGGCAGUUUUCCGUUCACUGGGAAGCCUGUCGCCCCCCACUGUUUCGUCUGACUAUUUUUGACAAUUCUUGCACAAUUUAAAAGCGAAGAGUCAAUCAGUUUUAGUUUUAAUCCAUUUGUUCUUUGAUUUAGAGCUAUUUUUGACGAUAUUUUUGCACAAUUUCAAAAGGGAGCUCUCUUGUGACGAUUUUUGGUCAAAUUUAAAAAAUCUUCCGUUCUUCGUCCAUAAAAAAUUUGCCUAAAACUAUGAAAAAGAAUACCCAAUUUUCUUUUAUUAAGAAAAUUAUUGAAUUUUUUUAAGACACCCAAAAGAGUAUAAUCCUUCAAUAGCAAUAAAAAAGGGAGUGCAAAUUUUUUGUUUUAAAUAAAUAAAUAGAUAGGGGAGAGUAUAAGGUUUAUUGCAAACGGAUACACCCAGAGUAGUAAAAUUUGGUUGUAGACUUGUAGUCUUACCGGAUUUCUAAACUUAACAACAACAAAAAUUUGUUAAAAAAAAGAAAAGAAGAAGAGAGAGUUUUUUUAAGACUUCCAAUGAAUAAUUAGGUUAAUGAAUUUCCCAACAAUAAAGAAUAUGAAUCAAUGAAUAAGUGGUUGAGAUUCAGAUUAGAACACAACCUCAAUAAGCAAAAUAUCUCUAAACGUGGCAAUAUUUGUCUCUUGCAUAUCAUUAAAUGUCUCAAAAGCCAUCAUGUAAAACUCACUUGUACACAAUUUCUGGGUUUGCAGAUGCGAAGAAAAACUUUGAAAUUCUAUCUCUAAUCUCAUGGCCAUUUUCCCAGUCAAAUUUGAGGGGAUAGUGUGUGAUGGUGAGCUUCACAAGAGUUGGUACCAAUGCCAACACAUCGUGGAUGAAAGCCAUCUGUAGUUUCAAUCCUGCAAAACCCGUCAACUUUUGAAAAAGAGGCGCUCCCAAUCCAUUAAUGCUCCGCGAAACUCAAUCAGAUACUUUGGCGUUUCAUCUAAAAACCUUUUAGAAUCCCAUUUCCACUACAUUAAACCAGAAUAGUAUGAAUCAACAAGAAAGAAAACCAAAGCAUUUUAACCAAAAUUUUGACAAGUAAAGAGGGCACUUACGUCACAUUUCAAUCCAAUAUCAAUUUUUCACAACUUUGGGCACUUGCACAGCAGGCAAGCAAAUGCAGAAAAAGUGACACCGGGAAGGUAAUGAUAAUCUGAUAGCUUGAGCAGUUCAACAUUAAGUGAGGGCAGCUCUUGCAAAAGUCUCCUUAUAGCAUCCAGGUCCAACUACGAAAUCAUGGAAAUAAAGUUAGAUUACUUCAAAUGUAAAGUUAUAUACCAUAAAUAUAGUGGUCAAAAAGUUAAUAUCAAGCUAAAGUACAUAGAGACAACUCACAUUGUCCAGCUCGAGAUAGCAAACACUCUAGUUUGAACAUUCCAGUUUACCGAAUGUUACUUCACUUCAUUUUGAACACAUUGAAUUUGGUCCUAUAAAGUAUUCUUUUCACCCUGAUGUUCCUAGGCUCGGGAAUCUCUCAUUUAUUGCUUGUCAAGACAUAUUCAACUGCGACAUUACUCUUAAGAAUCUUCGCAGUUUGAAAAUCAAGGGAUGUUUUACUUCUCUUAGUAGCCAGCAACUAUGCGAUUAGCAACUAUGCGAUUUUUCUGCCUUUAUCUUUGACGUGACGUCUGUUUGCUAUCUUGAGCUGGACAAUGUGAGUUGUCUCUAUGUACUUUAGCUUGACAUAUACUUCUUGACCACUAUAUUUAUGGUAUAUAACUCUACAUUUGAAGUAAUCUAACUUUAUUUCCAUGAUUUCGUAGUUGGACCUGGAUGUUAUUAGGAGACUUUUGCAAGAGCUGCCCUCACUUAAUGUUGAACUGCUCAAGCUAUCAGAUUAUCAUUACCUUCCUGGUGUCACUUUUUCUGCAUUUGUUUGCCUGCUGUGCAAUUGCCCAAAGUUGUGAAAAAUUGAUAUUGGAUUGAAAUGUGACUGGAAAUGGGAUUCUAAAAGGUUUUUAGAUGAAACGUCGAAGUAUUUGAUUGAGGUUCGCGGAGCAUUAAUGGAUUGGGAGCGCCUCUUUUUCAGAAGUUGACAGGUUUUGCAGGAUUGAAACUCUUUCAUCCAGGAUGUGUUGGCAUUGGUACCAACUCUUGUGAAGCUCACCAUCACACACUAUCCCCUCAAAUUUGACUGGGAAAAUGACAAUGAGAUUAGGGAUAGAAUUUCAAAGUUUUUCUGCGCAUCUGCAAACCCAGAAAUUGUGUACAAGUGAGUUUUACAUGAUGGCUUUUGAGACAUUCAAUGAUAUGCAAGAGACAAAUAUUGCCACGUUUAGAGAUGUUUUGCUUAUUGGGGUUGGGUUCUAAUCUGAAUCUCAACCACUUAUUCAUUGAUUCAUAUUCUUUAUUGUUGGAAAAUUCAUUAACCUAAUUAUUCAUUGGAAGUCUUAAACAAACUCUCUCUUCAUCUUUUAUUUUUUUUUUUAACAAAUUUUUGUUGUUAAGUUUAGAAAUCCGAGCUAUGGAAAUUGUUAUGGAGAGACGUGUGGUCCAGUGUCGUCCGACACGAUGCACAGCUGCUGCUGCUGAUGCUAGGGAUAGAAUCAGCCAACUCCCUAUUGAGAUACUGGACCAUAUUAUGGGGCUCAUGCCGAUCUACGGAGCUGCUAAAACUGCCGUUUUGUCUAAGCUUUGGAGAGAUGUGUGGUCCAGUCUCUCGCGCUUGUGCUUUGAUGAAAGCUUCUUUACUUAUUUUGAUAAGAAAUGUCCACAAGAAGAGGCCAGUGAAUGCAUCAGGAAAUCCCGAUGUUUCUACGCCAUCAACAAAAUACUCUUGAAGCACAAGGGAUCCAUCCAAAAAUUUGUUCUUCUCUUUCCCUGCCGUGGGAAACACACCGUUCCGUCUCGGUCAUAUGACAUGGAUCAAUGGUUGCUUUUGGUCACGCGAUGGGGUGUUGAAGGAAUCCACCUUCUCUUUGGGCACAAACAAUACAAGCUCCCGGAUUGCAUAUUUUCAUGCUCAACACUCAAGAGAUUACACCUCCAUGCUUUAUUGGUUGAACCACUAAAUUCCCCACGGGCUUUACCAAACCUUACCACACUUUGUUUUGAAGAUGUUAUCUUUGUACCUACAAACCCCACAAAUUACGCUCUUGAUGUUCCUAAGCUGGAGAACUUGUCUUUCUCUCAUUAACAUUACUCCGAGAAAUCUUUGCACUUUAACAACCAAUUGUUGUUCUAGUAGCAAAUUGGGCAAGUUUCUCCCGGUUAACUUGGAUGUGAAAUCUAUUUGCACUCUUAAUCUAAACCAUUAUUACUGUCUCAAGUACUUUGUUAGCCAAUAUACUACAAAGGAACCACCGCUACAACUGCUUGCUCUAAAUGUGGAAGUACUCAAGCUAUCAGAUUUUUGUUUCCACGAAGAUGCUAGGACUUGUGCAUUUGUACGCCUGCUGGGCAAAUGCCCUAAGCUGCGCCAUCUUGAAAUAGGAUUUGAACUUGUGAUCUUCACAAGUAUGUGGAUGCUGCAUUGAAGCGUUUGAAAAAGCUGCGUAGAGUGAUACAAGGACAUAAAAGGCUCCUGUUUUUGAAGCUUGGGGGCUUUGCAGGAUCGAUGUCCCAAGUGCAUUUCAUUCGGGAGAUGCUUGCCUUUCUUCCCGCAAUUGAAAAGGUUCUCAUUACGCGUUCUCCGUAUAAGGUUGAUUGGGAAGAGGAAAGUAAAACUGUUGCAGAAAUUAUGUAUCUUCCACGUGCAUCUCCGAUAGCUAAGAUUGCUUAUAAAACGUGAAUAUCCCUCCCUCUGCAAUCAAUCGAUAUAUCGUUAUGUGAAGAAAUGGAAAGGAAGGUA